AUGACCUCGCUGGUUCCAGUACCAAAGCCCUUAUAUUCCCAGGCCAGGGAAACCCUGGUAAAGGCCAUUCCUCCAAAGGUCAUCUGCUUGCUGGCCUGUGGGGGAAGAGACUGCCGCUAUGAGGGGCCGGUGUGCUGGAGACCAAGCCAACAGGCCAUUAAGGGCCUCUUCUCUAGCUGGAUGACUGAUGACAUUGUGGCCAUGGCAAGGCCAUCAACCAAUCUCAUUAAGACAUACAACAUAAUAGAUCAGUUUAAAAAGUUGAACAUUAAAUCCAUCAUUAACAUGCAGCUGCCAGGCGAGCACGCUCACUGUGGUCCUGAACUGGAGCCUGACAGCGGCUUCGCAUACUCACCUCAGAUCUUCAUGGAGAAUCAAAUUUACUUCUAUAACUUUGGCAUGGCUGAUUUUGGCGUGUCGUCUCUGGAGGGGAUUCUUGAUGCAGUGAAGGUUUUGGCCUUCUCUGUGCAGGAGGGUAAAGUGGCUGUACACUGUCACGCUGGACUGGGCAGAACAGGAGUGCUCAUUGCAUGCUACUUGAUCUACACAUUAAGGAUCAGUGCAAGUGAAGCUGUACACUAUGUACGGAUAAAGAGGCCUUGCUCGAUUCAAACCCGUGCCCAGAUUAACCUGGUGUUUGACUUUGCAAGGCUCCUGGGCUCCCAGCUGGCACAGUACCCAAUGCUGAACAUGCGGCAUGGUGCCUCAUUCAGUAUGAGGCAGUAUCUUCAGCGCCAGGCCAUGCUCUUACAUGGUGAAGAGGCCCAUUCCUUUGCACACACACCAAAGAUCUUACAUUUUCUCUGCAGCCUGUUGACAGCCCUUGCUCAGGGAACAGCCGGUCCUCCAGAAGUUCAGCAGGAACUAGAGAAAAAAGUCGCCAUUUUGGUUCUCCAGCAGGCAGUGAAAAAUGUUUUGGUACUGCAGCGGUAUUUGCCUGUCCUGGUGGAUAAGGAAGAAUCUUGUGAGUCUUUCUCUUCCUGGGAUGAGCCUUUUGGAUUUCUAGAAAGGAAAAGGGAAAUGCUUUUGAAUAAGCGCAGUUACAGUGAAUCAGACCUCAGCAAAAUUUCUCUGAAUAAGGAUAUGAAAUUUAUACACAGUUCCACACUGUUUCAGAAUGGUGGUAAAGUAUGUAAUGGAAUUAUGGGUCAUUUAAGAAAGGAGGAAUCAACAAAUCCUGCAUUCUCUGUCUGGAUAAAUGAGUCAAACUAUGCAACAGACAGACACACACACAUUUCAUCAUCAAAUCAUCAACUGGGUAAGCCCAGUGCUACCAAGAUGGCAAAGUGCAUGAUGAAAAUGUCUCAGGGAUUCCCAAAAUUCAGCUCCAAUAUCGAGCUCCGUAAAAAUAACAAGUAUGGAAAAGCAUCAUUAGCAUCAAGAGCUGUUGCUAAAGCAAUGGCACAAAAGGAACCAGUAGGCAGCAACAUCCUGCAAAGAGCCACAAUAUUACAGGAGGAACUGAACAUCAGUGCUUAUGGAUGGGCCACACUGGCCAUGGAGACCGACCCAAAAGUUCUAAGUGCUCUGAUGUGGAUCUGGUUAGAAAAACUAAAGGAUCCUGUCCUGAGUGCAGAAGAUAUAAGUAAACUAACAAGUACGUCUGGUCCAAAUCCCCUAAAAAUGUUGCACAAGUCUCAGCGUAGCACUCUGUGUUGUUUGCUCAGCUGUGUGGCUCAGGUGACAUCUCAGUGUCCACACCUUGAAAAGCCUGUCCUGCAGAAGCUUAUUAAGGCGCUGACCAGGUUGAAAAAGGGAAAGUGGGAGGAGGAGGAGGAGGAGGAGGAGCAGGCAGGGUGA